GAAGCGAGCGGCGGAGCGGGGAGGGGCGGUGUCAGCGCCACGGCCGAUCCGGAAUUCUGCUGCGUUCGCUCGGCUUGACUCGGUUCGAUCGCUCGGUCCCGCGGUGGUGGCUGGUCGGCUGGCUGGGGACCAACUUUUAGCACUUGAAAAACGGAAUACGUCGGAGCUAAAGGGAUAAUUUAUAAGCGUUAAAGACAGCUGUUGUUAACGGGGAAGGAAGGCAGAGGGAUACACGGAGAAGCAGAGCGGUAAAAGUCGAGGAGGGUGACCGAAGAUGCCGCUCGCUCAGUUGGCAGACCCCUGGCAGAAGAUGCCUGUGGGCACCGCUGGAGAGGAGCCACACCACGAGGCCGAGGAUUCAGUGGGGGAGGACGACUCAGGUCCGGACGAUGUUCCCAUCAAAGAGAUCAGCAUCACUCACCACGUGAAGGAGGGCUGCGAGAAGGCCGACCCCAGGCAGUUUGAGCUCAGAAAGGUCCUGGGACAAGGCUCGUUUGGAAAGGUGUUUCUAGUGAAGAAAGUGACUGGACCAGACGCCGGGCAGCUCUACGCCAUGAAAGUCCUCAAGAAGGCCACGUUAAAAGUUCGGGAUCGAGUUCGGACGAAGAUGGAGCGAGACAUUUUGGUGGAGGUUAAUCAUCCGUUCAUAGUAAAGCUGCAUUACGCGUUUCAGACGGAGGGGAAGCUCUACCUGAUCCUGGACUUUCUCAGAGGAGGAGAUCUCUUCACACGACUCUCCAAAGAGGUGAUGUUCACGGAGGAGGAUGUGAAGUUUUAUUUGGCUGAACUGGCUCUGGCUCUGGAUCACCUCCACGGACUCGGCAUCAUCUACAGAGACCUCAAACCCGAAAAUAUUUUACUUGAUGAGGAGGGCCACAUAAAGCUGACAGACUUCGGUUUGAGUAAAGAGUCGAUUGAUCAUGAGAACAAGGCCUACUCCUUCUGCGGAACGGUGGAGUACAUGGCUCCUGAGGUGGUGAACAGGAGGGGACACACCCACAGCGCCGACUGGUGGUCAUACGGGGUACUGAUGUUCGAGAUGUUGACGGGAACUCUGCCGUUUCAGGGGAAGGACCGGAAAGAGACGAUGACCAUGAUCCUGAAGGCCAAAUUAGGAAUGCCACAGUUUCUGAGCUCGGAGGCCCAGAGUUUACUACGGAACCUGUUCAAGCGAAACCCGGCCAAUCGACUCGGAGCUGGUCCGGAUGGUGUGGAGGAAAUCAAGAGACAUCAGUUUUUUAAUACAAUCGACUGGAAUAAAUUAUUUCGGAGAGAGAUCCACCCUCCGUUCAAACCUGCAGCAGGAAGACCAGACGACACCUUUUACUUCGACCCAGAAUUCACAGCAAAAACUCCCAGAGACUCUCCGGGCGUCCCUCCGAGCGCAAACGCCCAUCAGCUCUUCAGAGGGUUCAGCUUCGUGGCCAUCACAGAAGAAGAGACACAGCCUGCACCCAACACCAUCGUACAACAGUUACACAGAAGUACGUCACAUUUCUCAGACCUGUACGAGAUCAAAGAGGACAUCGGCGUGGGCUCCUACUCCGUCUGUAAACGCUGCGUCCACAAAGGCACCGGGAUGGAGUACGCCGUCAAGAUCAUUAACAAGUCGAAGAGAGACCCGACGGAGGAGGUGGAGAUCCUGCUGAGAUACGGACAGCACCCGAACAUCAUCACACUCAAAGAUGUGUAUGACGAUGGUCGGUCUGUGUUCCUGGUCACGGAGCUGAUGAAGGGAGGAGAGCUUCUGGACAAAAUCCUCAGACAGAAGUUUUUCUCUGAGCGUGAAGCCAGUGCAGUUUUGUACACCAUCACCAGGACGGUGGAGUAUCUGCACGUCCAGGGGGUGGUGCACAGAGACCUGAAGCCCAGCAACAUCCUCUACGUGGACGAGAGCGGGAACGCCGAGUCCAUCCGCAUCUGCGACUUCGGAUUCGCCAAACAGCUCCGCGCCGAAAACGGGCUGCUCAUGACGCCGUGCUACACCGCCAACUUCGUCGCUCCAGAGGUCUUAAAGAAGCAGGGCUAUGACGCUGCCUGUGACAUCUGGAGUCUGGGGGUGCUCCUCUACACCAUGCUCACGGGCUUCACUCCUUUUGCCAACGGCCCCGAGGACACGCCGGAGGAGAUUCUGGCCCGGAUCGGCAGCGGGAAGUUUUCUCUGAGCGGAGGAUACUGGACCUCUGUGUCUGCAGAGGCCAAGGACCUGGUGUCUAAGAUGCUGCACGUGGACCCUCACCAGCGCCUGACGGCAGGACAGGUGCUCAGGCACCCCUGGAUCACUCACCGCGACCACCUGCCCAAGUACACCCUGAACAGACAGGACGCCCCCCACCUCGUCAAGGGGGCGAUGGCAGCAACGUACUCUGCUCUGAAUAGGAACGUUCCCCCCGUCCUGGAGCCUGUGGGGUGUUCGACUCUGGCCCAACGACGAGGAAUCAAGAAAAUCACCUCCACUGCCCUGUGAAACUCCGACCACCACUCCAACAACGCAGCCUCUGAUUGGCUCUCCUCAACACUGAAGCCCCAACUCAGCCUCUGAUUGGCUCUGUACCGUACUGAAGCCAUGCCGAGAACCCCAAUCUAGCCUCUGUUUGGCUCUCCUCAACACUGAAGCUCUUCCCACCACUCCAACGCAGCCUCUUAUUGGCUCUCUCCAAAGGUUAAGCCCCAUCCACCACCUCAACGCAGCCUCUGAUAGACCUUCUUCACAAGUUCACACCACUUUAGGUUUGCAGAACUUCCGAAUAAUGGUUUUCUGUGGCAAAAUGUCUGUGGAAAUCUUUCAUGCUUUCCCCACCAGCUUCAUAAACCUGCCCCAUGACCAAAUCUUCAACCAACAAGGUCCACAAAGGAUAAACAUUUUGUCCAUGAAGAAUUUAUCCACAACUAUCGAGGUAAGAAAGACGAAAACCUAAAGGCGAACAACUACGACGCAUUAGAGAACUACGGUAUCCCAGAGAUGUCUCGCAUUUGAACUGCACAAAUCUAUCUAUGCUCAUAUCGACAUCAUGAAGUUGUUUUUUUUUUGUUUUAAUUGUAGAAUCAGUCUGAGUUAACAAGUCACUUAUGUUUUAUUCAUGACCAUAAUGUUAGUUUUGCUCAGUAGUUCUCUAAUGCGUCGUCGUUGUUCGCCUUUAAGUUUUCGUCUUUCUUACCUCGAUAGUUGUGGAUAAAUUCUUCAUGGACAGAAUGUUUAUCCUUCGUGGAUCCUUGUUGGUUGAAGAUUUGGUGAUGGGGCAGGCAGAUUUAUGAAGCCGGUGGAGAAUUUCCACAGACAUUUUGUCAUAAAAAGUUCCGCAAAAUUGCAGCGGGGCACUUUUGGCCGUUGUGAAAAAGGUUGACUGGCUUUUCCCAACACUGAAAACUUAACACUGCCUCUGAUUGGCUCUCCUCAACACUGAAGCCCCAACGCAGCCUCUGAUUGGCUCUCCUCAACACUGAAGCCCCAACGCAGCCUCUGAUUGGCUCUCCUCUAAGGUCGAGCCCCACCCUCCACCUCGAAACAGCCUCCAAUAAACCUUUUUCACCUUUUUUUCGGAAGUGCCCCGCUGUAGGUUUGCGGAACGUCCGGUUAAUGGUUUUCUCUGGCAAAAUAUCUGUGGAAAUGUCAGCUUCAUAAACUUACCCCAUCACCAAAUCUUCAACCAAUAAGGUCCACAAAGGAUAAACAUUCCUCCAUGAAGAAUCUAUCCACAACUAUCAAGGUAAGAAAGACGAAAACAUAAAGGCGAACAACGACGACGCAUUAGAGAACUACUGAACAAAACUAACGCUAUGGUAUCCUAGAGAUGUCCAGUGUUUGAACAGCACAAAUUUAUCUAUCAAUGCUAAUAUCGACAUCAUGAAAUCGAUUUUUUAGUUUUAAUUCUAGAGUCAGUCUGAGUGAACAAGUUACUUAUGUUUUAUUCAUGACCAUAACACUAGUUUUGCUCAGUAGUUCACUCGUUGUUCGUCUUUAAGUUUUCGUCUUUCUUAACUUAUGAUUGACCUAAAAUAUCCAUAAUUUUGUCCUUUGUCAACCUUGUUCGUUGAAGAUUUGGUGAUGGGGCAGAUUUAUGAAGCCGGUGGAGAAUACGCAAGACAUUUACACACACAUUUUGCCACAUAAAAGCAUUACCAUAUUUUCCGGGCUAUUAGGCGCUCUGGAUUAUAAAACACACUGUCAUUGAAUGGUGUAUUUUCGAACUUUUUUCACAAAUAAACCGCAACGGACUUUAGACUUGGUUUAGACUUGGUUUAGUUCUGGUUUUAUACCUAGUUUAGACCUGGUUUAGACCUGGUUUUAGACCUGGUUUUAGACCUGGUUUUAGACCUGGUUUAGACCUGGUUUAUACCUAGUUUUAGUCCUGCUUUAGUCCUGGUUUAGACCUAGUUUAGACCUGGUUUUAGACCAGGUUUAGACCUAGUUUGGACCUGGUUUUAGACCUGGUUUUAGACCUGGUUUAGACCUGGUUUAGACCUGGUUUAGACCUGGUUUAGACCUGGUUUAGUGCCCGGCAAUGAGUGGAAUUACUGAAAAAAAGGAAUAGCCCAAAAUGUGAAAACAGGAAAAUACCGCCGUGUAAUCCAUUUAAUUCAACAAAGUAAAUGUAAUCCAAUUACCACUCAGUGAAACAGUAAUUGUAACUGAAUACAGUUACUCAUAAUUUGUAGUCUGAUUACGUAACUCCAGUACAUGUAAUCUGUUACUCCCCAACACUGUCUGUGGGUGUGUUUCGUUGCGCGGUCGCUGUCUGCUCCGUGUGUGUUUGCCUGCACUGUGAGUGGUGCGGCUUUAUAAUUUACUGAAGUCGUGCUGGGACACCCAAGUGGAUUCGUGUAUGGGGUGCUCUGGAUUGUGGCGCGCAGUCGUUUUUUGAUGCGGUUAGAGGCUUAAGAGCGCGUCUAAUAGCCCGGAAAAUACGGUAACCAGAAGUUCUGCAAACCUACAGCUGGGCAUAUUCGGCCGUUGUGAAAAAGGUCGACUGGCUUUCCCCAACACUGAAAACUUAACACUGCCUCUGAUUGGCUCUCCUCAACACUGAAACCCCGCCUUUGACCCCGACGCCGCCUCUGAUUGGCUCUCCACUGUACCGAAGCCAUGCCCUCCGAUUGGCUCUCCUCAACACUGAAGCCCCGCCCUCUCUCUCUCUCUCCUCUUCCGCCUCAUCUGAUUGGUCCGUCUCUACUCGAAGCCAUAUCCGCUGUCACUCCAUGGCCUUUGAUUGGCUCUCCGCACUGAAGUCCCGCCCUCUCUCCAACCCUCCUCAGCCUCUGAUUGGCUCUUUUACCGAACCCACUCCGCCCGUUCCCUGUCUACCUCCUUUCACUGGUCGUCCUCGCCACUUAACCCCGCCCCCUUCUCUCUUCCCACGCCUCUGAUUGGCCCUCUCCUCCGUGCAAGACAAUCAGAAAGUACAUAUUUAUUCUUAAGGAGAGAAAUUGUAUGCAUUCAAAGACUAUACAAAGACUAUUAUUAUUGUUAUGGGAUUACUAUUGUACUGUGGUCAAUCUGCUGUAGUAGAUCUGCAUUUACUCAACCGCAAGUCGCCUCCGAUAUGAAAAAGGUGAGCCGAACAGUUAGUUUAAGUAUUAGCUGCAAGUGAACAAAGGAACCCAAGGCUAAAGCUACGCAAGCCCCUUUUCGGCAGCCUAUUUUGGGAUAUUUUUGGUUUGGUUAGUUGGGUUUUUCCAUGUUCGGACAAACAAAAAAUGCACAAUUGUCGAGCGUAAUCAUUUAAAAGCAACAUUCUUC